CUGCAACCAUCACAAGCACUUAUUAGCGAUCGAGGCAUCGCAAGCAGAGCUCCUCACGAAGCUCAGUCUGCUUUGUGCCUUGUGGUCAAGGAGGACACUGCUGUGCAGCAAUAAUGGCAGGCAACGCAUCGAUGACGCUGUUCCUGGCCGUUAGCCUAGUGAUGUUCGCCAUGGCCAGCGCGUGCGGUGGCAACUGCCCCACGCCGACCCCGUCCACCCCGACCCCAACGCCGGCCUCGUUCGGCAAGUGCCCCCGCGACGCGCUCAAGCUGGGCGUGUGCGCUAAUGUUCUGGGGCUGAUCAAGGCCAAGGUGGGCGUGCCGCCCACGGAGCCAUGCUGCCCGCUGCUGAAGGGACUCGUCGACCUCGAGGCCGCCGUGUGCCUCUGCACCGCCAUCAAGGGAGAGGUCCUCGGAAUCAAGCUCAACCUACCGGUCGACCUCAGCCUUAUCCUCAACCACUGCGGCAAGAGAGUGCCCACCGGAUUCAAGUGCCUCUAAGCUAUAAGCCGCGGGGAGCAUGCCGACGUGCUCUUCUGCUUGCCAUUCUUCGUCUUACUGUCUCAAUAAUGCAGCCUUCUUAUCAUGUGCUACGUACGUACGUGCUUACUAGCUAGCUCUGCUACCUCUGCAUGCAUAGCAUCCGCACGAACACGCGUAGUAGCUAGUAGCUACGUAUGUAGAGCCGGCCGUUUUGAUGAGCAGCUUUCGCUUUUGGGUGUUUCUUUUAUGUAAGUGUCUCGUCCUUUGAAUGGACGUGACCCUGAACUAUUAAGAUUUUUGUUCUUUUAUUUGUAUCCGGCAAUCUGCUUGAUGAAUAAAGCUUAUAUAUUGUUCGAAA